CUUUGUGACAGUGUUGCGGACUGUGGACCGCAGUACACAUACAUCUCUGAUGUGGAUUUGUUAGUCAGCAGCAGAGAGGGACCUAUCGGAGGAUCCGAGCCUAUCAAUUCUGUUAAUGAUCAUCGGCUCCCUUUACAUGAGGACACUGGACUGCGUGCUGUCUCAGUAACAGACUGACAGGGAGAGCUUAGCUGAAGACACUCGGAGUUCACGAAUUCUGCCUUCAGGGGACCUUACUGAAGGGCAGUAAUGCGUCUGAUAGGGUCCACUGUCCUUUUCUCUGUCCUGCUGCAGGCUAUGGCUGCUACGACAGAGGACUGGCAGACGGCCACGUCUAUUUAUAACUUCUCCGCUACAGAUAUCGAUGGCAAUUUGGUUUCCCUAGAAAAAUACAGGGGAAACGUUGUCAUCAUCACCAAUGUUGCCUCUAAAUGAGGUAAAACCCCAGUAAACUACUCUCAGUUCACGGAGAUGCACGCCAAGUACGCUGAGAGAGGUUUAAGCAUCCUCGCCUUCCCUUCCAACCAGUUUGGGAACCAGGAGCCCGGCAAUGAAACUCAGAUCAAGCAGUUUGCCGCGUCCUACGACGCUCGGUUCGACAUGUUCAGUAAGAUUGAAGUGAACGGGCCCAACGCUCAUCCUCUGUGGAAGUGGCUGAAAGAUCAGCCCAACGGGAAAGGCUUCAUGGGAAAUAGCAUCAAGUGGAACUUCACUAAGUUUUUGAUCAACAGAGAGGGUCAGGUGGUGAAGAGGUUUGGACCCCUGGAUGAUCCAAGUGUGGUGGAGAAGGCUCUUCCCCCGUACCUGUAAACACCUCAUGGAUCAUUGAUCAUCCACUUACUAGCACCCCGUCUGUCCUGUCAUCCUUUUAUCUCCUUUCUCUGCCUCUCCGAGCACCAGUGGAUAUAGUUUUGGUUCCACCCCAGAUCAGUGACGGUCUGUUCACAAACCCGCAUGGCGGACAGAGCAGACCUGAUGAAAAUGGCGUGCAAACCUCCUGGGCGCACCAAAGCUUGCAUUCAUCAGGAUCUCUGGAGAGAAGGAGAAAGGAUUCUUACAUGUAAUUCUGUUUAAGUAGUUUUCAUAAUAAAAUUCACCAAGAUUUUGUUCUAAUGAUACUUUUGUCCCUAAUGUUUAUUGUCUGUCAGUAAAACAAGUUAUAUUUUAUGAUAUUGUUGUAGCUUGUAGAGUAGAUGUGUGUUGAUGUUUUGUUUUCCGAGCUGUUGGUGUGUGCAAUGAUCAUUCACUCUGUAUUGAAAUCGAAAUGUGUCAGAAAACAGAGGGCUUAAAAUGAAACUGGGCUUUCUGUCGCCCCAGUAGAAAAAUGUACAAUGUCACAGAUUUAUUGUUUGGACUCAAUACUGAGACGACGGGCACAUUUAUGAUUUGUACAAUAUCAUAUUGAUACAUUGUUUAUAUGCUUGUAGAAAACUAAAUAUUGAACAUAUCCAGUCCCACAAUAGUGAUGCUUGUCGAGACAGAUUAAUCAUUUAGACUGUGUAGUACAAGCUAAAAUUAAAUAUAAAGUACAUUUUAAAAACACACACAUUAAUCUUAGGAAGUAGCCAGGACCAGUGGGUCAGAAGCCU